GUGACAGCCCAAACUAUAGAUCACCGAGCAUAUAAUCAAGAUGGCAGGUCUGUCUUUAUAUUUUGAAGAUGGCCAUGAUGAUUUGGAUGACUUUGGGUUUGAUGAUGACGGAUCAGAGUGCGACGGGAUUCGGAUCACAGCUUUUCUGGAUGCAGGGCAGGACAAUCUCACCCCCCUGGGGAGACUAGAGAAAUAUGCUUUCAGCGAAAAUGUCUUCAACAGGCAGAUCGUGGCACGCGGGUUGCUUGAUGUGCUUCGAGAGUUCAGUGACAAUGAAAAUGACUUUAUCAGUGUCAUGGAGACAGUUGCCCGAAUGUCUGAAGAUGGAGAGCCCACAGUGCGCGCUGAGCUGAUGGAGCAGGUGCCCAACAUCGCAAUGUUCCUACACGAGAGCCAGCCCAACUUCCCAGCAGCCUUCUCCAGAUAUCUGGUGCCCAUCGUGGUUCAUUAUCUCACAGACCCCAAUAACCAGGUGAGGAAGACCAGUCAGGCGGCCCUGCUGGUGCUGUUAGAGCAGGGCCUCAUCUGCAAAGGCGACAUGGAGACCAAAGUAUGUCCUGUUCUACUGGACCUCACCGAGCCCAGCAGCGACGACGACUACAAGAUAGAGGCCGUCGCGAUCAUGUGUAAGCUGGUAACCAUGCUGAGCAAAGAGACAGUGGAGCAGCUGUUGCAGCGUUUCUGUGAGCUGUGCAGCGACGCCAGGCUCUUCCAAGUCCGCAAGGUGUGUGCAGCCAAUUUCGGAGAGUUCUGUUCAAUUGUGGGCCGGGAUGCCACAGAGAAACUACUGAUGUCCAAGUUCUUUGACCUGUGCUCUGAUAGCCUGUGGGGCAUCCGGAAGGCGUGCGCCGACUGCUUCAUGAUCGUCUCCAACUCCACCUCCCCCGAGGUGCGACGCACUAAACUGUCCCCCCUUUUCAGUAGCCUCAUCAGUGACCAGUCUCGCUGGGUGCGCCAGGCUGCCUUCCAGUCUUUGGGACGCUUCAUCUCCACCUUUGCCAACCCCUCCAGCACGGGCCUCUACUUCAAAGAGGACGGCACACUGCUGGAGGUCCCCACGUGUCCCUCUGACAGCAAUUCCCCCCUCUGCAUAGAGUCCUCCAACGGCCCCACAGUGAGACCUUCACACACACCCAUUAACCAAGAUGGCCGCUCCACCCCAUCCCUAGAAUCCAUGUCCAGGGAGGACAGCGACAGCGACUCCACACACACUCCUCCCCAAAACCAACAGGAAGGCCAGGCGUGCAACAACAACAACCUUCCUCCCACAAAUAAUAAAAACAAGAAGACGGAACAAACAGACCAGAAUUGUAACUCUUUCCUCUACUGGAGGCCUCCGUUAGCGGAUAUCAGCCAGGAGCUGGAGAUGCUGAAGGGCCAGGGUCCUCGGACUCGGACAGAGGGAGAAAAGAAGGUGGUGGUAGAGGACAGGAAGAUGUCCAGUCUGGAGCCAGCCACCUGCUCUCAGAUCCAGAAGGUAUUGGACUGCCUCCAGCCCCACAUGGACGACCCUGAUGUACAAGCCCAAGUACAGGUGCUCUCGGCUGCCCUAAAGGCUGCCCAGCUGGAGAGCCAGUCUGAGGAGGAGGGUGAGUCAGAGAGCCAGACACCAGAGGAUGGAGAACCAGAUGAGAAGUCCUCCCAGAACAGAGUGAUCACAGAGGAGACACAGACACCUGAGCCACCAACCCAGCAGGCCAAGGACCCAGCACCCACAGAGGAACAGAAAGAGGCAGAAGCUGACACUGAGAAGGAGCCAGAGCCUCAUGAGUCACCCCACAACUCGCCUGUCCUAAUACGGGAUGACUCGGACCACAGCAGUGUGGAGUCGGAGCUGAUGGAGAGCCUGGAGGGGAAAGAGGACUCUGCUUUCAACCAGGUGUGUGAGGAAAAGUCCAAGGUCCAGAAUGUGAUUCCCCAGCAGCUGCUGGACCAGUAUCUUUCCAUGACGGACCCGGCGCAGGCCCAGACGGUGGACACUGAGAUCGCCAAGCACUGUGCGUUCAGCCUACCUGGCGUGGCCCUCACCUUGGGCCGACAAAACUGGCACUGCCUAAAGGACACGUACGAGACCCUCGCCACCGACGUACAGUGGAAAGUGCGCCGGACGCUGGCGUUCUCCAUCCACGAUCUGGCCCUGAUCCUGGGGGACCAGCUGACGGCGGCCGACCUGGUGCCCAUCUUCAACGGCUUCCUUAAGGACCUGGACGAGGUGCGCAUCGGCGUGCUCAAACACCUCUAUGACUUCCUCAAGCUGCUCCAUGCGGAGAACAGGAGAGAGUACCUGUACCAGCUUCAGGAGUUCAUGGUGACGGACAACAGCCGCAACUGGAGGUUCAGAUACCAGCUGGCCGAGCAGCUGAUCUUGAUCAUGGAGUUGUACAGCCACGAUGAUGUAUAUAACUACCUCAGACAAAUAGCACUGACCCUCUGCUCAGACAAAGUGUCAGAGGUCCGGUGGAUCUCUUACCAGCUGGUGGUGGAGAUCUUACAGAAGAUGUAUGCGUGUGGAGCCCACGAACUGGGCCUGAACUUCAUCAACGAGCUCAUCGUCCGCUUCUGCCACUGUCCAAAAUGGGUGGGCCGCCAGGCCUUUGCCUUCAUUUGCCAGGCCAUCGUGGAGGAGGACUGUAUGCCCAUGGACCAGUUUGCCCAGCACCUCCUCCCCAGUCUCCUCAGCCUGUCGUUGGACCCCGUGGCCAACGUCCGCGUGCUGGUGGCCAAAGCACUGCGGCAGAGUGUCAUGGAGAAAGCGUACUUCAAAGAGCCGGGCAGUGCCUACUUAGAAGAGCUGGAGGAGACGGUGAUGACCCUGCAGGCGGACAAGGACAGAGACGUACGCUUCUUUGCCAGCCUGGACCCCAACAUGAUGCUUAUGGACACUUCUGCCUUAAUCUAGAACCAGCCAGCCUGCUCCGACCCACAGCCAAUAACUACCACCAGCAUCAGACCGGACCAGACCACUCACCUGCAGGAAAUAAAGGCACUGAUACAUAAACAUACAUACAAUCAGUCAUGUGCUCUCUCUCUCUCUCUCAAACACACACUCAUACACAAACUCUCAUACACAGACACUCAUACACACACACAUACUUGAUCUGAAAACAGCACCUAGCUAAGCUAAACCAGCCACUGCAAAAUGGCGUCGGAUCCCAGGUAGAAAUCAACCCACCAUGCGGCUCGGCUCGGCUCGCAUCCCGUCGAGUCACCUCAACCCAUCCGUAUCCAGGCGGUUCUCCAGGUCCUCCGGUUUCAUCACGGUUUCUCUCUCUCUUUUCAUCUUGUCUUCAAUGACCUCCGUAACCACUACUGCUUAGGAGAAGGAACAACCGCACCACUUGGCACGAAACAAAAUAUGUUAAUGAACUCAUGGCAUCUUCCCUCUGUGUGUUUACUAUGUCAAUAAUGUGAUUCAAGUCUCCCAGAGACCAAUGAAAUACCUCUGGACAUUACUCAGGUCAGUUUUGCCAUAGGGGCGUUUAGCUUAUAGAAGGAGGUGCAGCUCUUUAGAACGUCACAGAUAGAAAUGUAAUGUAUAGAUAGACGCACUAGAAUUGUGAUUAUUCUAUAUACAAUGCAUCUGUACAUUCUGUAACGCUGCUCUCCCCUGAAUAAACCUCUGGUGUCAGCAGGACCUCUGGUGACAGCGGGACCUCUGGUGUCAGCGGGACCUCUGGUGACAGUCAAUUUUGCAUCCAAAUGGCACCCUAUUCCCUUUAUAGUGCACUACUUUUGACCAGGGCCCAUAAUCUGGUCAAAAAAGUGCACUGUAUAGGGAACAGGGUGCCAUAUUGGAUGCAGCCCUUCAAUUGUAUUUUGGGUGAUCACGACUCAAGGACUUAUGAUAAAGUGACAGAGUUUGUUGUAAACCUGUAAAAAGAAGAAGCAGAAAAAGAGAUUGAUGGUUUGCUAAAGACCUGUGAAGCACUCCCCCUUAUCCACGGUGUAGUCCAUCAUUGUAAAUAAGAAUUUGUUCUUAACUGACUUGCCUAGUUAAAUAAAGGUUAAAUAAAUUUAAAAAAAUGUAAAUCCACUUCAACAUUUUGGCUUUUCGGUCAGUCAGACCACUGCACUGACCACAAUCAAUUGUACAGUAUAGGAAUGGUUGUGUUCCAGACGCUCUGACUAUUACAUCUCAUUAGUAGUGAAAUAAGUAUGUUGGAGAAUAAAUAACUUCCGAACAUUGGCAAGAGUUGUAUAUCUUAACCUAUAUAGCCAGGGGAUCCAAGGCCAGAUUUAGGGUUUUCUGUAGAGACAUGAGUGUGGAUAUAACGGGAGCUGUCACCAAGUCACUUUUGUAGUCUUUGUAAUCUUUUUUUCUCACCUGUUCACAUGGCAACCCGUUUUUGACCAUAGACACGACUUGAAAUCCUAAACUGAUUGCGGUGUGGCGUGCAUCUCAAGUCUGUCUUCCAUCUUAUGGAAAUGUUCACUGCUGUAGACUACCUAACGCAUCUCAUCUGUCAGCAAUUUUCCCCAUCUUGUUUUUUUAUGGUAGAACUGUUAAUAUAUAUGCAUUUUAUGAAAUGUAUUUUUCUUUUCAAUUAUGUACCAUUGUUCAAAGAUUUUAUAUCUGAACUUUGCAAUUCACAACCUUUGUAAUAUUCAAUGGUUUCUUUAAAAUAUUUUUUAUGUAUUGUUAUUUUUAGUAUUCUGUAAUUAAAUUUAUAAUAUAAAUCAGAAAAAAUCAAGACAUUUGUAAUGUGUAGCCUAUCUAACAAACUACCUUGUAUAACCAACAAAUGAAUUGUGCAAAGGAGUGUUUGCAAAUGAGUCAUUGUCACAAAGGUUCAAAACACCUGCAACACAAAUUUUUGAUUAAUAUAAAACUCAGCUAGGUAAUUUUCCAUGAAGAAGAAUUGUUACUUGCAUUUUUUAAAGUAUUUGUGUGAUACUUGAAGUUUAAAACGUAAAGUGAAGCGGUGAAAUAUAGUCAGUAAAAUCUAUGUUCUGAAUACUAUCGACAGACUACUACACUGAACAAAAAUAUAAACACAUGUGAAGUGCUGAUCUCAUGUUUUAUGAGCUGAAAUAAAAGAUUCCAGAAAUGUUUCAU